AUGUCCGUCCGCCGUUUCGUGGACAAGCUCGCCGUCGAGAGCGAGCCUGGUUUAUCCAACGCUCAGCUCAUGCUGACCAACGAUGAUUUGCGACCAGUCCCUCCCGAACGCAGGACAUGGGGAUGGUGGAACUUCGUUGCUUUCUGGAUUGCCGAUUCCGCGAAUAUUAACACAUGGAUGAUCGCCUCGUCCUUCAUUCAAUCCACCACCGGUUCCAACACAAUCGAUCUCGCUUGGUGGCAGGCAUGGAUCUGUGUGUGGGUCGGAUAUUCCGUCUCCGCCAUUCUGAUCGUUGCGACUGGUCGCAUUGGUGCGCAAUAUCACAUUUCGUUCCCAGUUGCGUCGAGGGCGUCUUUCGGUAUCUGGGGCUCGUUAUGGCCGGUCUUUAAUCGUGCUGCGAUGGCUUGCGUCUGGUAUGGUGUUCAAGCAUGGAUCGGAGGUGAAUGUGUGACUGUCAUGAUCACUGCCAUCUGGCCUAGCUACGCCAACAUUCCCAAUCACAUCCCCGGCUCUGGCACCACCACCAAAGACUUUGUCAGUUUCUUCCUCUUCUGGCUCUGCAGUCUGCCCGCCAUCUGGUUCCCAGUCCAUCAGAUCCGUCACCUUUUCACAAUCAAGUCAGUCUACACUCCAAUUGCUAUGAUUGCCUUUUUUGCCUGGGCUAUCAAUCGCGCCAACGGUAUCGGUCCUAUCGUUCACCAACCCACUGCUUUGCAUGGAAGUGCUCUCGCCUGGGCCAUAGUUAAAGGCAUCAUGUCGUCUAUUGCCAAUUUCGCGACUUUGAUUGUCAAUGACCCAGAUUUCUCACGUUUCUCAAAGACAAAGACCAGUUCAUUAUGGUCUCAGCUGUUUGCUAUCCCCGUGGGAUUUGCAGUUACCUCAUUCAUCGGAAUUAUCGCCUCAUCUUCUUCAACAGUCAUCUAUGGCAAAACGAUAUGGAGCCCUCUCGAUUUACUGUCUGAGUUCCUCAACGGAGCUAGUUCCGGCGAACGUUUCGGUAUCUUUGUCAUUGCUCUUGGAUUCGCACUUGCCCAGUUAGGAACGAAUAUUGCAGCCAAUUCUGUUUCUGCUGGUACCGAUAUGACUGCCCUCCUUCCCCGAUUCCUCAACAUCCGUCGUGGUGGUUAUAUCUGCGCCGCGGUCGGCUUGGUCAUGUGUCCCUGGAAACUGACUUCGUCAUCAAACAACUUCACCACUUACCUGUCUGCCUACACUGUUUUCCUCUCAUCAAUCGCCGCCGUCAUCAUCACGGAUUACUACUUUGUGCGAAAGGGAUAUCUCGAGCUCCGCGAGCUGUACAGUGCCCGCAAGCAUUCGCCAUACUACUUCACCUUUGGCUUUUCAUGGCGCGCAUUCACCGCCUAUAUCUCCGGUAUCCUGAUCAACAUCGUCGGAUUCGCAGGCGCUGUUGGCGCGAAGGUGCCCAUUGGCGCCCAGUAUAUCUACAACGUCAACUAUUUCGCUGGAUUUAUUGUAUCCGGCAUAAUUUAUUAUCUGCUAUGUUGGGCCUUCCCCAUCCCCGCAACGAGCGAUACCUGGAACGAAGUCGACGUGGAUGAUGAUCAUCUCACGGUGGCCUAUGACCAGGAAGUGGUCACUGAUGAAGAGUCGAGGAGUACGCCCGAGGAAGAUAACUUGGCUUAUAACAAGAAGGAUAAGAGUCAGGGAUACUCGACUUUUUGA